AUGAGGCUACGAGACAGGCAGGGGGGAUGUGCCAGCACGAUAGGGCCAAGACCUGGGGGAUGGCCCAGCGGGGCCUCGUUUUGCGCUUACGCAAUGGACUGGCAGGAGAAGGAUCUCACGGACUGGGCCAGAGAGUCACUGCAAGAAAUCCUGCUGGACGCCCUGAAGGAUCCUUCUUCGCAGAAAGACGGUCGAGAGUCAUCGGCGGUGCGAGCGCCGCGGACGCCCUGGAGCUUCCUCGAGGUCCAGGUGCUCCGUGUGGAGGUGAGUGGAUUUGCAAGCCUCUGCGGUCGCAAGGGCCAGGUCAGCGUGGAUGCUGACCUGGACCUUGGUCUGCAGCUGGAGGUGGUCAAGGCAACUCGCUUCUACGACGCCGUUCCUCAGCGCUGGCCUGCGGUGCUGCGGGUCCCGGGCUUCCAGCCGGGCACGCGGCCCGAGCUGCAGGUCCAUUUCGAUGAUCCACAGAGCGAGGUGGCCGGCGAGGUCACCUGGUUCCUGCAGGAGGGCCUCGGUGCGAGGCUCUUGCAGCAUAAGCUGGCGAGGUGGGAAGCACUCACCAGGCGGCGCUUCGGCGAGGAGGUGGCCGCGAGCAGCGAGGGAUCGGCCAUCUGGCUGUCUGCAGAUGCCAUUCUCCGAGCCAGCCAGAAGCGGGCGAGAAAGCCGCCACUGCAGGACGCAAGCAAAACCACCCGAGCCCGAGCGGCGCCUACGGCCGGGCCGCAGAGACCUCGGAGACCCGCAGCGGCGGCGAGCCCUGCGCAAAGACUCCACGAGGCUGUCCGGUCCAGGAACUAUGGCGAGGCUUUUCUUGCUGAUCCGAGCCUCCUGAAUGCACGCUGUCCCAGCUCGGAAGAAGGGCUCUCGCUCCUGCACUCCGCGGUGCUCAGCAACUCACCAGACAUGCUCAGCCUGUGCCUUCUCCAGGCCCGUGCCGAGUUGGCGCCAAGGGACCUGCUUGGGCGCACUCCGCUCUUCAUGGCUCUCAAGAAGGGAAGCUUGGAGAUGUCUAAGUGCCUCCUGGAAGCUGGUGCUUUCGAGGCUGAAGAGGGAUCGCUGGUGGAGAAGCUCAGCCAAUGCCUGGACCUCCGCAGUGCCCCGGAGCUCUUUGAGCUGGUGGAUGCCAAGGAGAGGCCGCAAAGACAGGGCCGGGCGAUGCUGCGGGCCCUAAACCAGCGGGAUGCCAGGACUGCCGAGGCUGCACUGGAGGCUGGGGCGGACCCCUCCGUGGCCGAAGGCGGCGAGCAAGCACUCCACCUCUUGACAAAGUGGCGGCAGGAGCCGGUCGUGCGGUUGGAGGUUCAGAAGCUGGCUAGGAAGCUGGUGCAGGCACGCGCUGACGUCAACGCUGGCAACUCUCGCGCUGAGACACCGCUGCUCUUCGCUGCGCACCGUGGUGAUUCUUCCCUGAUCCAGUUGCUCUUGGAGCUGCGAGCCGACCCCGCGGCAGCCAACGAGGAAGGCAGCACGGCCUUGAUGUUUGCAGCGCACGGUGGGCACGAAGAAGUCUGCAAGAUGCUCUUGGAGGCCUACGCAAGCCCCGGCGCACGGAACAGCCAUGGGCUCACUGCCGAAGAGAUGGCCACAAAGCGUGGCUUCCGGAAGCUCGGGGCAUUGCUUGCUGCGCACGUCCUGGCACCGGCGACUCCGCUCAGGGUCCGGCCUUCCAGACAUCGGCUCGCGGGGACCGCGGGGACCGGGGAGGGCCAUCCUUGGGGGCCAAGCUCCUUCAGCAGAGCGCUUUGCAGGUGCGGAGCUUCGACCACAGCAGGCUCGGCGGGCUCGGCGAAGCGGAAGCCCUCAGCCGGCAGCCUCAGAGGCCGUGAAGGGCGCCUUUGUCUCAGGUGGGAUCGCAUCGUGGAGGACCUGGAGCGCCGCGGGGAGGUGGAAGAUCGACGAGAAGUAUUGGCGAAGCAGCCAGAGUACGUCUGGAAGAACGGCGGGACCCCGCUGCCAUCUAGGCUCGGAGAGCGUCUCUCAGUGGGUGCCGUUCGUCGCGAGAAGCAGGUCAUGGCUGAGCUUGAUGAUGAGGAGGUCGUGGCUCCCGAAGCCGAGCCGGAGGAAGAGGUGACGGACCUCAUGGGAGCCGUUCGCGGCGUACUCAAGAAGUCCCUGAUGGUGGACGGUGCAAUCCGAGGCCUCCAUGAGGUUGCCAAGCACAUCGAGGCGUGCAAGGCCCAGGUGGUGUUCCUUUCCGAGUCUUGCAACGAAGCCACCUACAAGAAGCUGAUCCAGGGCUUGUGCGUGGAGAAGAACGUGCCCGUGAUAGAUGUGCCUGACAACAAGAGCCUCGGCGAGUGGGCAGGCCUCUGCAAGAUCGACAAGGAUGGCAUGCCCAGGAAGGUGGUCGGCGCCAGCUGCGUUGCAAUUAUCGACUUCGGCGAGGAGGGCGAGGCGUACAACUUCAUGAUGAAGCACCUGGGAAAGCUCGGAGAGCGUCUCUCAGUGGGUGCCGUUCGUCGCGAGAAGCAGGUCAUGGCUGAGCUUGAUGAUGAGGAGGUCGUGGCUCCCGAAGCCGAGCCGGAGGAAGAGGUGACGGACCUCAUGGGAGCCGUUCGCGGCGUACUCAAGAAGUCCCUGAUGGUGGACGGUGCAAUCCGAGGCCUCCAUGAGGUUGCCAAGCACAUCGAGGCGUGCAAGGCCCAGGUGGUGUUCCUUUCCGAGUCUUGCAACGAAGCCACCUACAAGAAGCUGAUCCAGGGCUUGUGCGUGGAGAAGAACGUGCCCGUGAUAGAUGUGCCUGACAACAAGAGCCUCGGCGAGUGGGCAGGCCUCUGCAAGAUCGACAAGGAUGGCAUGCCCAGGAAGGUGGUCGGCGCCAGCUGCGUUGCAAUUAUCGACUUCGGCGAGGAGGGCGAGGCGUACAACUUCAUGAUGAAGCACCUGGGAAAGUGA